UUCGACAGCGAAAGAUCGUCUCGUCUGUAGUUUUGUACACUACUCGGUAAGUAAUUUUUUUUAACAAGUGAAUAAAUAAUAAGAAAGAAAAAAAAAGAAAAGAAAUAUAAAAAGUGUUUGUUUGUGUUUAUGUUUCCGUUCUCGAUAAAAAUCUCACAUUCAUCUAAAAAAGCGCCCCAGAUUAACUAAUAUAAGAAGAAGUUUUGUUAACUAAAGUAAAAAGGAUUUACAUACUUCGUAUAUCUGAGAUGGUUUUUCAAUCAUUUCGUCAAUAAGUAAAUUUUCUUAAGUUUGAACACAAGUGGACGACCGACCGACCGAUCGACGACGACGGCGAAGACUUGUAUUCGACUCCAUUUUGUUUCUUCUCCCUUUUGGAGUUGUGCAGAAUUUUCUCAAGAAGAAAAAGAAGUCUAUCGAAUCGGGAGGAAAAAUCUUUACACUGUUUAAGUCAGUUUCAGUCUCAGUCAUCAGUGAUCAUCUAACAGUGGCAGAUCUUUAAGCAUUUGUAAGCAUGUGUUUUACUAGAUGCUGAAUCUAAAGCUUAUAAGCUAAAGGUCAUCAGGCUCAGAGUCUAUUAUCCUUCACGUUAAAAACUCUUGUGAAGGAUAAAUAGUCGUCAGAAACAAGGAGAAAAAACUCUAUCACAGAACGCACAAGAAAAAAAGAAAAGAGAUAGCAAACCGGAAGCCAGAACAUUCAUAAAAAUGGUUUGGCAUCAAAUGUGCCAACAAAGCCAACCGAGUCACAGACCGCUGAUAGCUCUUAUCGCUCUAGCUCUACUAUGUGCGGCAAUUGUAAAUGAGGCUGCUGGCCAACAGCAUGGGCGACGUGAUCGUGCCCGCGAUAAACCACUACGGAAGCAAUACACCAAAGAACAAUCAUGUGAGAUGGGGUCAUGUUAUCCGGCAACGGGUAAUCUACUAAUUGGACGUGAAAAUCGUUUGGAGGCAUCAUCUACUUGUGGUUUAAAGGGACCCGAGAGAUUUUGCAUUGUCUCGCAUUUGGAGGAGAAGAAGUGCUUCUUGUGUGACACUCGUCCCGAAACCGAAGAAGAUCCAUUGAAGAAUCAUCGAAUUGGACAGAUUGUUUAUACCACGAAAAGAGGAACACGUACUCCCACCUGGUGGCAAUCGGAGAAUGGAAAGGAGAAUGUUACCAUCCAGUUGGAUAUGGAAGCAGAGUUCCAUUUCACUCAUUUGAUCAUUGUUUUUGCCACAUUCCGACCGGCUGCCAUGUUGAUAGAGAGAUCUUAUGAUUUUGGAAAAACCUGGCAUGUGUAUCGUUAUUUUGCCCAUUACUGUCACGACGCCUUCCCAGGAGUGCCGACAGUCUUGAAGAAUAUCACGGAUGUUGUUUGUGACAGUCGCUAUUCGAGUGUGGAACCUUCGAAGAACGGAGAAGUUAUCUUUAGAGUUUUGCCCCCAAACAUGAGGGUAGAGAAUCCUUACGCCGAGCAUGUCCAGAAUAUGUUGAAGAUGACGAAUUUGCGUAUUAAUUUCACGAGAUUGCACAACUUGGGUGAUACUUUGUUGGAUGACCGACAAGAAAUUCAAGAGAAGUACUACUAUGGUAUCACGAACAUGGUUGUUCGAGGAUCCUGUUCCUGCUACGGACACGCUUCGCGUUGCUUGCCACUCGAGGGUACGACGGUGAACGAGGUGGACAUGGUGCACGGGCGGUGCGAGUGCACGCACAACACCAAGGGCCUCAAUUGCGAGACUUGUGAAGACUUCUACAACGACCUACCAUGGAAUCCUGCAUUUGGAAAGCAAUCGAACGCCUGUAAGCGGUGUGAGUGUAAUAACCACGCUUCAAGUUGUCACUUCGACGAGGCCGUAUACGAGCGGUCUGGAAAGAUAAGUGGAGGUGUCUGCGACAAUUGCCAACACAACACUCAGGGACAGCACUGUGAGGAGUGUAUGACUUUCUUCUACCGCGACCCUCGGGAAGACAUUCAGAGUCCGUACGUGUGCAAGCCGUGUGAUUGUGACCCGAUUGGAUCACUCGAUGAGGGAAUCUGCGACUCGGUGAAUGACCCAGAGAACGGCAUCGAAGCAGGUGCCUGCCACUGCAAAGUAAAUGUAAAAGGACGUCGUUGUGACAUGUGUAAGGAUGGGUACUGGAAUUUGACCCCAGAAAACCGUGAGGGAUGUCAGGCUUGUACUUGCAACACCAUGGGAACAGUCGACAACUCCGGCUGUAAUAUGUACACCGGAGAAUGUACCUGUAAGCGUUUGGUCACUGGCAAGGAUUGCAACCAAUGUGCCCCUGAGACUUUCGGGCUCUCUGCGGCUGAGGAUGGAUGCACACCAUGUGCAUGUCACGCUGGAGGUUCAUACAACAACUUCUGUGAUGUCAUCAGUGGUCAGUGCCAAUGUCGUCCCCACAUGACCGGACGUACCUGCAGCACUCCCAAACAAAACCACUUCAUUCCCCAAUUGCACAUAGUCUACGAUGCCGAGGUCACAGACGAAUGCAUAACGUACUCGAACAAUGGAAACUGCACCAGAGUAGCCUACCAGGUUCCCGGAGGAGAUCGUCAGCCUGAUUUCACAGGCACCGGCUUCGAGAGAGUGCCUGAAAACUCCCAGAUAACAUUCACAGUCGACAAUGUGCCCAACACCAUGCCUUACGAUAUUGUGAUUCGAUACCAUAGCACGACUAGGGGUGAUUGGGAAGACGCUUACAUAACCCUCGUCCGUCCAGAUGAGAUCGACAUUAAUGGAGCAUGUGCUGGGGAAGAUGUCUCGUCGUCAUAUGAAACCAGAGUGCCUUUCAGUUUGCCAGAGAAUCAGCGCGAUGUUGUGGCACUCAAAGGAGUCUGCUUGGAAGCUACUAAGGUCUAUAAAUUCAGGAUUCGCUUUGAACACCAUCGCCGCAAUGAAGACAAUCCAGCUGCCCAAAUUUUGAUAGAUUCUUUGACAUUGGUGCCACGUUUGGAGAAGACUCAAGUGUUCAAUGGAUCGCCUAUGGCAGAGAACCGCCUGAGGGAGUACAACGACCUCGGAUGCAACCAGUCCUACUACAACCUCCACUACAACACAUUGGCCAGAGAGCGCUGCAAAGAGUUCCUCGACAUCGCCAGUAUUUCGAUCUAUGACGGUGCCUCAAUGUGUAACUGCAACCCCACCGGAUCCCUCUCGAAACAGUGUGACCCUUACGGAGGCUACUGUCAAUGUAAACCGAACAUCGUCGGUCGUCAGUGCGACCAAUGUGCUCCAGGAACGUAUGGUUUCGGGCCAGAAGGAUGCAAGGCCUGCGAUUGUAACAGCAUCGGUUCCAAGGAUAACAACUGUGACCAGAUCACCGGACAGUGUAUCUGCCAUCCCAACACUUACGGUCGGGAGUGUAACCAGUGCCAGCCAGGAUACUGGAACUUCCCCCACUGUCAGUCCUGUGAGUGUAACGGUCAUGCACAGCUUUGUGAUGCCUCUACUGGCCAGUGUUUGAACUGUAUGGAUUCUACAACUGGAUACCACUGCGAUGCUUGCUUGGAUGGUUACUACGGUAAUCCUUUCCUGGGCAGUGAUAUCGGUUGCAGGCCGUGCCGUUGCCCCGAUACCAUGGCAAGUGGAAAUUCUCACGCUUCAUCUUGUGACUUGGAUCCAAGGAAUAAUAACAUGGUGUGCCGUUGCCAGGAGGGCUACGAUGGAGGCAGGUGUGAAAUAUGUGCCGAUAACUACUUUGGAAAUCCAGAAGUUCCCGGUGGAGCUUGUGUUCCAUGUGAUUGUAGCAAAAAUACCGACCUGUAUGAUACCGGAAACUGUGACAGGAAGUCCGGACAGUGUCUUAAGUGUCUGUAUGAUACGACUGGCGACCACUGUGAGAUAUGCCGUGAUGGUUACUUUGGUGAUGCACUUAGGCAGAGAUGUGACAAGUGCGAUUGUGACAUCUUAGGCACAAACGGAACCAUCAAACAUUGCGAUAGAUUCUCAGGACAGUGUCCCUGCUUGAAGAACGUACAAGGUGUUCGUUGUGACCAGUGUAUUGAGAACCAUUGGAAGAUUGCCUCAGGCGAAGGCUGCGAGGAAUGCGCAUGUGACCCAAUCGGCUCAGAGUUGGAGCAAUGUAACCCCUAUGACGGACAGUGCAGGUGUAGGCAAGGAUUCGGAGGAAGACAGUGCAACCAGUGUCAGGCAACCUACUACGGUAACCCUAAUAUCGAGUGUAAGGCGUGUGAGUGUAAUCCCUAUGGAGCCGCAGACGAUCAAUGUGACCGAGAGUCUGGAAAAUGUAUUUGUCGCGAAGGAAUCGGCGGCAAGAAGUGUGACGAAUGUGCUCGAGGUUAUUUGGGACAGUUCCCAUCAUGCUCGCCUUGUGGAGAGUGUUUCAACAACUGGGACUUGAUUUUGACCGCCCUGGAUGAAGCAACCAAUGCAACAAUUGAACGAGCCAAACAAAUCAAGUUGAUUGGUGCCACAGGAGCUUACACAUCCGACUUCAAUGCUCUCGAUCAAAAGUUACAGAAAAUUCGGGAUUUGCUUUCGAAUACGACAAUCAGUUUGCAAGAUAUCGAUGGAUUAGACAAAGAAACUCUAGAACUGAAGAACAAACUCCAGGAUUCUCAUGAGAAGCUCAUCGAAACCGAAAGCAAUCUGGAAAAGAUCUACUCCGACUUGUCGCUGUCUUCAGUGCAAUUGGAGUCGCUGCAGAAUCAAAGCGCUUUGGUAAAGAAACUGUCCAAAGAGCUUAAGGAGAACGGAAUACAGUUGCAAGAGUCGAAUAUCGAGGGAGCAUUGAAUCUGACGAAGAAUGCCUACGAGAGGGUUCUUGGAUUAUCGACGGUGAAAGACGAGGUACUAGAACUGAGUGCAAAUAUUUCGCGGAACAGUAAGCGUGUGGAGACCUUAGCCAACAAAAUGACUGACGACUCCAACUCUGUGGAAGUAAAUGACAAAAUGUUGAGUGACUAUCGAUCACAGCUCAUGGAGCUAUCCGCCGCCAUUCCAGAUCUCAAUAACGAUAUGUGCGACAAACGCGGUGAUCCCUGCGAUAGUUUGUGUGGAGGAGCUGGUUGUGGGUCGUGUGGAGGUCUGUCUUGUGAAGCCGGAGCCUUGACUCGUGCGGAAAAGGCACUCAAAGUCUCCCGAGACACUGAGCAGGCAAUCAAGGAAAAGAAAGAAGCUGCCGAUCAGACCAUACGAUCUCUGCUCCAAGCAAAGGUUAACGCUUCAGAAGCUUACACCAAGGCUAAGGGAGCCUUCGACGAUGCCGAGCGCUAUUUGAACAACACGAACCAGAACAUCAAGGCGGGCGAAUUUGUGAUCAUUAAGCUCAACGAGUACAUCAACAAUAACACCGAUCUGCCAAAGGAGAGCAAGGAAUACGCCGAGAAGACACUGAAUUUGGAUUUAAAACUGGAUCCCGAGGAGAUUCAGAAAUUGGGUGGACAGAUCAACGAGGCAGUUGCUUCGUUGAACAACGUCGAAUCGAUCAUUCUAAGCACCACAUCCGAUUUGAGGCGUGUCAAUGAAUUGCAGGAAAUAGCAAAUACCACCAAAGCAAAGGCCACAGAGAUUCUCGAUACAGCCAACGCAGUUGUCAAGAAUCUAGAUGAUGCCGAUGUAUCACAGCUGAAGGCUCAAGAAGCCAUAGCAAAGGCGAACUCAAACAUCGAACUUGCCGCAAACGAUCUGAACGAAAUCGAUCAGGAGACAAAGGAAGCCGAAGCUCCAGCCAACAGUACGGCUCAACAGGUCGAAGAACUGGCAAAGAAGGUCAGUCGUCUGCAAAAGAACAUCGUCCGUAAUGAAAUCGAUGCCAAGGAAAUUAAAAAGGAAGCCUACAAGGUAAAAGAAUCUGCCGAUAGUUCUCUGAUUCAAGCGAAGGGCCUCCGUUCCUCCGCAAAGAUUGCCAACCAAACUCUAACCGAUCGUGCUGCUCGCUCGGAGAAUGCCCGUGAAAGAGCCAAGAAGCUCCUCCAACGCGCCUCCAAAUUGACUGUCGAUACCAAUGAGAAGCUUCAGGAGUUGCGCCAGAUGCAAGAGACCUACCAUCUGAAGGACGAACAACUCGAGAAGCUGAAGAGCCUCAUGAAGCCUCUUAACGACGAGAUGACAAUCUACUUGUCCGUUAUUCAGCAACACGCCGAUCGGUAUCGAUUGUGUACCAGUUAAACAUCUAUGUUAAGUUUCCCAAGAUUUUUCCACUUCCACGUUACCAGUUACUUAAAAAAUUAAUUAAAAAAAAAAUAAAGAAAAUUCUUUGUGUUAAGUCGAGAGAGAUUUAAAAAUUUUAGUUUAUAUGCAACACUUGUAAAUAUGAACAUAUAGCUUCUUUUUUUUUACAUAGAAUUAGUGAAGAUAAAAAUGCAAUAUCCGCCAUUAAUUAAUUAUUAACUGAACAAAAUAAAAUAAAAACAGGCAACCAACGAACAAUGUCCUGAAUCUAUGAUAAUUUUAAGACUUUAAAAAAUAUAAGUGCCUUAAACAAAACAUAAAAUAAUUGUCUUCAGCAUAAAAAAAGAAAAAACAAUGUUUAGUAUUAUGUAUUAGUUUUCAUAAAUGCUUUGUAUGUCAAAUAAUAAUAAUAGCCAUAGAAGAUAUAUAAAAAAAUAUCCACAAGAAAAACUCAGUUUUUUUUAACAUAUUUAAAUUUUAUCAAUAUAAAAUAAUUUAUGUUUCUUUUUUUUCAGUCUAAAAUAACCUAAAACCACCGCUUUGAGAAUGAUUUUUGUCUAGUUUUUGUUUUGUGAAUAAAAAGCAUGCGAAAUAAAAAUAUGUCUUAAAAUA